AUGGGGCGAGCUCGCCAGAUUGCUAGGCAGAUGGAGAAGGACGCAACGCAAAACCAACAGGGGAGGAGGAUUUACAUAUUUGAUGUAGGCCGAUUCCAGAACCAAGAUGGAACAUUUAGAACUACUCUAGAUAUUGUGAGACUUCAGGUGUUGACCCCCAACGUUGGUAGAGAUGGCAUGAAUUAUGAGGAACUAGCGGAACUGGGAGAAAGAAUUGGCAUAGUACAAAGAGGAUUACCAAAAGAAUUUAUCUCAAGUCAUCUGAAAACAAGAGUUCACACAUCUAGAGACUCAACGGAGGAGGAGACUGAAAUUUACACUGUAUGUCAGGAUGGGUAUGAGAACAAGGAUAAGGUUGCAACUCUGGAUUGCAAACAUUAA